GGGGGCGGUCGGAUGGCGGCCCCAUAAAAACUCGGUGCCACCGGCAGCCCCGGCAGCGGCGGCGGGAUGCGGCUGUGGGUGUCGGUGUGGAUGUGCUGGCUGGGGGCUGCGCUGCUGGCGGCGGGGCGCAGCCCACCCCGGCUCCGCCUGCCCUACCGCGAACUUUUGGGGACCAACCGCUCCGUUCUCUUCUUUGGCCACCGAGGCUUCCUGGGAUUCCGCUCCCUCUACUUGGAUGAGUACCGCGACCGGCUCUUCAUCGGGGGGAAGGAUGUGCUCUACUCGCUGCUCCUGGACGGGGCCAGCGCGGAUGCCAAGGAGAUCUACUGGCCUCCCCUCCCUGGGCAGACGGAGGAGUGUUUUCGGAAGGGGAAGGACCCGAGGACCGACUGUGCCAACUACGUCCGUGUGCUGCACCCCUACAACCGGACCCACCUGCUGGCCUGCGGGACGGGCGCCUUCCACCCAGUCUGUGCCUUCAUCUAUGUGGGGCACCGCGGCGAGCACACCUUCAGCCUGGAGCCCGCCAGCGUGGAGCCCGGCCGGGGCAGGUGCCCACUGGAGCCCAGCCGCGCCUUCGCCAGCACUGUCAUCGGUGGAGAGCUGUAUGCUGGCCUCACCGCAGAUUUCUUGGGCCGUGAUCCCGGCAUCUUCCGCAGCAUGGGGACCCGCUCUGCCUUGCGCACUGAGGUGGACCAGCGCUUACUGAAUGACCCCAAAUUCGUGGCAGUCCACUUGAUCCCGGACAACAAUGACAAGGACAAUGACAAAGCCUAUUUCUUCUUCACGGAGAAGGUGGUGGAGGCGGACAGCAAGGAGUAUGCCAUUGUCAGCCGGGUGGCACGGGUCUGCGUGAACGAUGCUGGAGGCCAGAGGGUGCUGGUCAACAAGUGGAGUACCUUCAACAAAGCCCGGCUAGUGUGCUCUGUCCCCGGCCCUGGUGGCAUUGACACUCACUUCGAUGAGCUGGAGGAUAUCUUCCUGCUGAGGACAAAGGAUGGGAAGAGCCCGGAGAUAUAUGCCCUCUUCAGCACCGUCAGCCAUGUCUUCCAGGGCUCUGCUGUCUGUGUGUACCGCAUGGGUGACAUCCGGGAGGUCUUCAAUGGGCCCUUUGCCCACCGGGAGAGCCCCCACCACCAGUGGGGUGCCUACGAGGGCAGGGUGCCCUACCCACGGCCUGGCGUGUGCCCCAGCAAGACCACCAACCAGCCCCGGCGGCAGUUCGGCACCACCAAGGACUUUCCUGACGAGGUGCUGCACUUUGCCCGUGCACACCCCCUUAUGUACAAGCCCGUGUACCCCCGGCACCGCCGGCCCCUGCUGGUGAAGACCGACCUGCCCCACCGCCUGCACCAGCUCGUGGUGGACCGGGUGGAGGCUGAGGAUGGGCAGCAUGAUGUCCUCUUCCUUGGGACAGAUGCUGGCUCAGUGCUGAAGGUGGUGGUCCUGCAGAAGACAAGCUCAGUCACAACUGAGGAAAUUGUCCUGGAGGAGCUGCAGGUUUUCAAGGUGCCCGUGCCCAUCACCCAGAUGGAGAUCUCCGUCAAACGUCAAACACUCUACGUGGGCUCCAGCCUCGGGGUGGCCCAGGUGCGGCUGCACCGGUGUGAGACCUACGGUACAGCUUGUGCCGAGUGCUGCCUGGCCAGGGAUCCCUACUGCGCCUGGGAUGGCACCGCCUGCACCCACUACCAGCCCUUGGGUAAGCGCCGCCACCGCCGCCAGGACAUCCACCACGGCAAUCCUGUGCACCAGUGUCUGGACCAGAACCUGACUGUGGAUGAUUUUGAGAGCGUUGAAGAGAAGGUGCUGUAUGGGGCAGAGGAGAACAGCACCUUCCUGGAGUGCACCCCCCGCUCCCCGCAGGCCACCGUGCAGUGGUUUGUCCAGAGACCCCCUGACGAGCAGCGGGAUGAGGUGAAGACAGACGAGCGGAUCCUGCAGACGGAGCAAGGGCUGCUUUUCCGCAAGCUGCACCGCCACGACGCUGGCAUCUACUACUGCAAGACCCUGGAACACGGCUUCACACAGACAGUGGCCAAGACAGCCCUGGAGGUGCUCACCAGUGAGCAGAUGGCACACACUGUCCCCCGGGAGCGGGGGGACGAACCCCUGCGCCCACUUUGCUCUGAGCCCCGGCUGGUGCCGCAGGCUCCCAAGACCUGGUUCAAGGACAUCAUGCACCUCAUCAGCUCUCAAAACCUGCGGCGGGUGGAGGAGUACUGUGCCCGCCUCUGGUGCAGCAACCGCCCCCACCACCGCAAGAGCAAGCUGGCACACACCAAGCACGCCCUGGCCGGCGUGGAUGUGGGCAGGAAGGGACGGGCGGCCAAACCCCACGGGGAGAAAAACCGCGUGCCCCGGCAAGCGGUGGCUACUUAGGGCAGGGAAAUGGCUGUGGGGCGGCUGGGGAUGAGGACAGGCUCCCCAUGCUGCUGGUUGCCCUGGGGGACUCCUGUCCUGGCGGGUGCCUUGCAGCGGGGCCAGACUCAUCCCUCUGUCCCCCCCAACUGUGGUGGACAUGACGCCAGGGCUGGCUCCUGGGCAGGUCCCUGUCACCUUCUGUGGCUGCAGGGCUAUCUCCAAAAGGGCCGGUGUGGUGUUAUGCAUCAGCCCCACAGCUGGGUGCUGUGGUGGGUGUGGGGCCACUGUCACUGAGGUGGGCUGGGGCUCGGCAGGCACAGUGCCACCGCAGUGCCAUCACCCCGGGAGCUUUCCACAAAUAAAGACACUGAGCCUGGCGCCGUGGGGAGCGGCUGACAGCUCCAGGCUCUUGCAAUGGGGCCUGGGAAAGAUGGGGCCUGGGAAAGAUGAUGCCUGCUCUCAGGGAGGGGAAAAAACUGAGAAUCAGCUCAAUAAGCUUCCAUGCCCAGGAUGAGCCCCACUGUCCACUGCACCUGGGGAGCCAGAGCCAUGUCGUGUGUACCCAGGGGGACAGGGCUCCACCCAGCUGUCCCUGUGGCACCAGGACGUGCUCAGCGGUGACAGCCUGUGUGUGGGUCCAGCUCCCCGCUUCUCCCCCACAGCCACAGACUGUUUUAGGGAUGGGCAGGAUCAGGGAGGAAAGUAAAUGGCUGCGGGCAGGUUAGACCCGUUCCUGGGUAAACAUGGGAGAGGCACCGAUGCCAGCACUGUCAGUGUGCCCAGGUGGGAGCGGGGACAUGCAGAAGAAGGUGGCCCUAGCGCAGUUUGGGGGGCUGCACGCCAGCCUGGGUGUGUUUCUGGUGGUUGGUGGCUCUGCAGGGCUGGGUGGGACAAGGCUGGUUUUGGGGGGCUCGAUGCUGCCUGGUGGAGGUAAACCAGCCCCCAGGGCUUCCCCCAAAUGCAGGGGUUGGGGGGUGGGUGUGUGGGAGCCCCCAGCUGCCAGCACCAUCCCAGGCUGCCGGCAAGGUGCUCACUGGCUUUUCUCACCCGACAUGAGCUCACUGGCCUCAGUGGUCAGCACAGGGCGAUAAGGAUCUCCCCCUUCCUGAGGCUGGGCAGCCCCACACAAUGGUGUGAACUGCAGUGCUGCCGGGACCGGCAUUGUUCGGAGGCAGAGGAACGGGAAAGAAAAAUAAUAAUAAUAAUAAUUAAACCCCUUAAAUAGCUCACACAAA